AUGCAGAUCCACCCGCUGGCGCUGGCCAUGGGCGUCGUCGGCCUCUUCUGCCUGCUCUUCCUCGUGGCCGCGUCCUCGUACCAGAAGCAGCAGCUGCAGGUCAUGGCCCGCAAGCUGCUGCGCAAGAAGCGCAAGUCCGUCACGGAGGAGGACCGAGUGGGCGCCGGCGGCGUGCACCCGGUCUCCGACCUGCCGGGCUUCGCGCGCCAAGCGGCCGAGUCGGGCAACGCGCGCGUCGUCAAGCGCUGGGUCCACUCCACGGACAGGAACGUGGACGCCCGCAGCGCCGAGAACCUCACGGCGCUGCACUACGCCGUUCGCGGCGGCCACAACGAGUGCACGAGGCUGCUGCUGACGGCCAACGCUGACCCGAACGCCAUCGACGAACGCAGCAUCACGCCGCUGCACUUGGCGGCGCUGGGCGGCCACGCGCUCUGCGUGAAGCUGCUGCUGGACCACCACGCCGAUCCGUUCCGAGAAGACGUGGACCACCACACGCCGCUGAUCAUCGCGGAGCAGAGCGGCAACAUUGGAUGCGCGCGCUUGCUGCAGCGAGCGAUGGCCAAGGCCGCGGUGCAAGACGACGCGUCCGUCACGCUGCGAGCAGGCGCCAGCACCGCGCGGGUCGACAAUGCAGUGUAAAGCGCUUUUUGGUGGCUCAUUGUCGAGUCUUAGUCAGCAAAAAUACACGUCUCAAAAGCUUCU